AUGCAACCGCUAAACCCUUUCCUUGCCGCCUUCUUCAAAAGUCCCGUUGCUGCCCAGUGCACGCCUGUCCAUCAUCAUAUCCUUCUCGUCCCACUGACAGAUGAGCUUCUGACCUCGCGCGAAAUCGACAGCGGCGCCGCCGCUAGCGAGGUCAUCGCAUCGGAGGAGUUUCUAGGCAGUCACGUCCUACGGAUUCCAUCACCUGGCGUCUCCUCCUCGGGCGGUAAAGAUGGCGUCCACAAUUUGCGCGAUGUGAGGGGCAAAGCAAAGCAGUUUUCAACCCUGAAUGGAAGAAGCGUCGUCAUUAAAGAUUCUGUGGUAUAUAGUAACAAAGGCUUCAAAACGUUUGCUCAGGCACAGAUACUAAACGACGCGAUUUGGUACCCAGACGUCUUCGAGCCUCGGCAAUGGCUGCUAUACUUCAUUUCGAAACCCCUGGUGGGUGCAUGGGAGGAAAUCAAGAUUCUACCAGCCGUUCUAGGCAAUGGUGUAAACAAGAAGAUGACUUUGGACACCAAAAAAGUAAACGGCUCGAACACCGCAGAGAGUACUGUUCCAAAGAAAAAAGACAUUAGGAGCUUUCAUGAGCUGUUAAACAACUUCCCGAUGAUUGCACGACAAAUGCAACCCGGCCUUGAGAAGCUAUUUUUGGAAUUUACAACUGUCUUUGAGAAACCUUUGCCGCCGCCACCAUCUGCUCUUAGAAUACCGGACGCUCUGCCCGAUGGCCCAAUAACUGCAGCAAUGCGAAGAGCACGCUCGAACAGUUUCUCUACCCGGAAUGGCAAGGCCAUCAACCGUGAUUCACUUCCAGUAACAGAGGACUUUUACGCCGAAGACGACGAGGAUGUAAUGAGGGCUUCAUUAGAGACCGCUGUCACUGCGGCUAUUGACUUGUUUCAGAGCGUCGACAAACAACAGCUGUCUCUUCUUGGGGCCACAACGGACUUAACGGGCCCCUUGGUAGAAAAGCUCAUCGAACGUUAUGUCACUGAAAAUAUCAAUCACCUCAUAUUCCCCAAACUCAGUGCAAUCAAACGACCUGAGGAUCUCGAGCUCGAAGCAAAAAUCAAGCAAAUGGAGUAUAUUGAUAUAUCACAGCUGGGAAUUACUAUUGAUGGAGGAUCCAGGGCCAAACAUGAUUUGCUUAUACAACUCGAACCCGCCAUCGAAGAAUUCAAGAAGAUAGCGAAUGCUAUGAGCCCUGCAGAAAUGAUGGAUGCUCUAUUGUCCACUACGAAGGCCGCUUCGCAGUUGACUGAUACAUCUAGGACCCAAAUGGCCAACGGCAAGGAAGAUCCCGUGUAUGAAAAGACAAUCAUGACGGUCAAUGCCGACACAUUAGUCUCGCUCCUGCUCUACGUCGUAAUUCGCUCCCAGGUCCGAAAUUUGCAGGCCAGGCUAGUGUAUAUUCGAAAUUUCAUCUUUAUUGACGAUGUCGACAGUGGAGAAAUGGGAUAUGCGCUAAGUACGUUUGAGGCCGUACUCGCAUACCUCGCUUUGGAUUCGGCGGGUCUCCGAAGAGCAAGCAGGCGGAACAAAGCCUUGUGGGAUGCCGCGAAGAGGACAGACUUAACCGAGCUGAAAGCAAUCAUGGAACCAAAUAUGUCAGCCGUUGUAGACGGAGAUGACGAUUUGGAGCUCGAUGGAGACCCUGAUGAACAGGCAAGACCAAGCCGGCGUUCGUCAUUUACCUGGAGUCUACAAGAUAGGCCCUCAAGACGCCCAUCUCUGGCGUUGACCGUGUCGGACAGAUUCUCUCGUGGCUCCGGCCUAGGUCAUGUAUUUCCAUUCCAGUCUAAUGGCAACUGUGAGGAGGGUGACUUUUCACUGGUCAAACGAGUUAAGCGAGUUGCCAUGGACACUCGCAGCUUAUCAAGCGGGUCUGAAAUCUCCUUCCACUCACGCACAGGUAGCAUUGGGACUCUGGGCAGUGUCAUCGAAGGAGAUGUAUCUGUCGAGCGCCUGGCCCAAACGAGCAAUUCCUUUGGCGAGUCUGUUCUAAUGAUUGCUAUCCAGAGUGAAAAUCCAGCAUCUCUAAGGUACCUACUCUCCCUUUCCGGAUACUAUUCUCUUGAAGUGAUACUUCAAGAUAUGAACAAUGAGGGAACGACUUUACUAAGUGCUGCCAUACAACUUGGUCAUAAGGAUCUCAUUAAUAUGCUCCUGGAGCGGAUUGAUAUGUGUACUGAAGACCAACGUGUGCAGUACUUAUCCGAGCAAGACAUCUGGGGACGCAGCGUUGGGCAUUACCUUUUCCAUGCUCCUUUUUUGAUUGCAAAGAUUGGAAAGCUAAUUCCUUGGAGACAACGUGACAAGAAUGGCCAGACACCAUUGUUCGCCCUGUGCCGGUCCUAUGAUAACGAGAACUACUACGAUAUGGUGGAAGCUGGACUGAGGGUGGCAAGGGAAACCCAAAAUGAUGGACAGGCGUUACACCUUGACGACCAUGUGGAUGCCAAGGGCAAUACCUUGCUCCACAUUAUAAAUGAUACAAGGCUUGCGAUGAGAAUAUUGCAUUACUGCGACAUCGACGUGAACGCGACCAACGAGAAAAGAUUCACAGCACUCAUGGUCGCCAGUAAAUAUGGAAGAUACGACAUGGUCAGGUGUCUAUUCGCUGAUCCUAGAGUAGAUAUUGCAGCAAGAGAGAUGCGUGGUCUCACUGCUGUAGAGCUUGCAAAGGACGACGAUGUGCGGAACAAAAUUGAUGACCUUGCUCUGUUUAGCAUGCCUGCGGGACGUGAUGGGAGAAUCACUGGUGUCGUUCGUGCUUUCUUCGUGGAAGAUGGGAGUGUGAGGCUAGUCCUGAAGUCGGCAGCGCCAACGGACCAUGAUAGUUACACAGUAACAACGACUAGGCGCUCUCUAGCGGAGUUCGAGCAGUUGGCCCAUCUUUUGGCAGAAGAGCAGCCUGCUUCAUGGAUUCCGUCCAUGUCUGAUACGAGGUCACCAUUUCAAAUACCCGUGAAACCAUCCCGAGCGGUUCUGCGAGACGUUCAAGCGAAGACAGAUUGGUUCCUGAGAAUUAUGCUGAGCCAUCCCACUUUAGCAACCCACGAGAUGCUUUGGGAGUUCUUCCUCGUCCCUGAACUACAGCUUGAAGCAAUGGAACAGCGCACGAAGCUCAAGGUAGAGGCCAGGAUCGAGAGAAUCAAGGAAGAGUACGAACCUAUCCGCGAUAUGAGAGAAGUGGAGCAAUUUGUGAAUCAUGCCAGGGAGAUGGUCCGAAGUGUCAGCUAUUCGACGAAAAGUGUGACAAGACGUGCCAACGGUGUCGGACUGGCUAUAAGUGACCUCUACGAUUCCAUGGUGCUCCUACACAGGGCAGUAUCUACAAUAAAAUUCUUGCCACAAUCCCACAUCAGCGCUCUGGAGGCUCAGAUAACAGCUGCCAAACGAGAUGCUGAUAGAAAUGACAGCUCUGCGGGCCGUUCCUCACGAUGGGUAUUGGGGCUACUGGAUGAGACCAGGCAAAGAAUUCAAGACGGAAGAGAGAGACGGGCUAAAAAAUACCGCGAAGAGGCCGAAUACCUCUCCAGAGAGCUGCGAUAUACACAACAGACGGUGGCAGGAGAGCUAGCCGGAUGGCAGGACAUGCACGAGAAAAUGGGACGCAGAGCAAUCCGGGACUUCGCACGAGCCAUGGUCGUUCAAGAGAGAAUGCGGCUAGAUGGAAUGGCUCGAGCUCUGCGAAAGGUCAGGACGCAACGGUCAAAUGUCAAGUCAUGA